AUUCUUCCUCACACCAAGAGCUGCUCCACCUAACGGGAAGCAACGACGGCGGCUUAAUCUUUCAUCAGGAAAAAGGGUGAAAGGCGAGACGAAGCCGUAAAGAACUGUCUUUGCCUCCAGCCAAAAUGAUCCACAGCCUGUUCCUAAUCAACGCCUCAGGGGACAUUUUCCUGGAGAAGCACUGGAAGAGCGUGGUCAGCCGCUCUGUGUGUGACUACUUCUUUGAGGCACAGGAACGCGCCACUGAGCCGGAGAACGUCCCACCAGUUAUACCCACACCGCAUCACUACCUUAUCAGUGUGCUCAGGCAUCGCAUCUACUUUGUUGCAGUCAUCCAGAGUGAGGUGCCACCGCUGUUUGUCAUCGAGUUCCUGCACAGAGUCGUCGACACGUUCCAGGAUUAUUUUGGAGUGUGUACCGAGGCUGCUAUUAAGGACAAUGUGGUAGUGGUCUAUGAACUACUGGAGGAGAUGCUGGACAACGGCUUUCCACUGGCCACAGAGUCCAACAUCCUCAAAGAGCUCAUUAAGCCUCCCACCAUCCUCCGCACAAUGGUCAACACCAUCACAGGCAGCACCAAUGUUGGUGAACAGCUCCCAACAGGCCAGCUGUCAGUGGUGCCAUGGCGACGCACCGGAGUCAAAUACACCAACAACGAGGCCUAUUUUGACGUGGUGGAGGAGAUCGAUGCUAUCAUCGAUAAAUCAGGCUCCACUAUUACAGCAGAAAUCCAGGGAGUCAUUGAUGCCUGCGUAAAACUGACAGGCAUGCCCGACCUCACUCUCUCUUUCAUGAAUCCUCGGCUGCUGGAUGAUGUCAGCUUCCACCCGUGUGUUCGGUUCAAGCGCUGGGAAGCUGAGCGGAUCCUCUCCUUCAUCCCCCCCGAUGGAAACUUCCGGUUGCUCUCCUACCAUGUCAGCUCCCAGAACCUGGUGGCGAUCCCAGUGUACAUCAAGCACAACAUCACCUUCCGAGAGGGAAGCUCCCAGGGACGUUGACUGACUCUGGGACCAAAACAGACCAUGGGCAAGGCCGUGGAGUCGGUCCUAGUCAGCAGCCAGCUGCCCCGCGGCGUCCUGAACGCCAAUCUCAACCCCACCCAGGGAACAUACACCUUCGACCCAGUCACAAGGUACUUAGAAACAAUGUUGAGCUGGGAUGUUGGCAAGAUCAACCCUCAGAAGCUUCCCAGCCUGAAAGGCACCAUGAGCCUGCAGGCCGGGGCCUCCAAACCUGAUGAGAACCCCACCAUCAACAUCCAGUUAAAGAUCCAACAGAUGGCCAUCUCAGGGCUGAAGGUGAAUCGACUGGACAUGUACGGUGAGAAGUAUACUUUCAAAGGUAUCAAAUACAUGACCAAAGCUGGCAAGUUCCAGGUGCGGACAUAAGGACUACUGCUCUGCGACUACUGGACCAAACCACCAUGACACUAAGGGAUGCUGUGAUGGGG